AUGCACCCUCAGAUGAAGCGGUCGACAGUGGUGGGGCCUGAUGGCAGCAGCCUCGAGGAUGACUACCGCACAAGCUACGGCACAUUCAUCAAGCGGCGCCAGGACGAGAUCAUAUCGCGGGUGGAGGCUCGUGUGGCGUCGUGGGCGCACCUCCCAGAGGACCACUCAGAAGACUUGCAGGUCUUGCGGUACAGUGAUGGGCAGUCGUACCGCCCUCACAUGGACACCCUGCAGGACAAGGAGUUUGGGCCCAGGGUUGCCACAGUGCUGCUAUACCUCUCAGACGUGGAGGAGGGGGGUGAGACGGCGUUCCCUGAGUCAAAGGACUGGGUCAGGCCAGACCUGGUCGAGGCGAUGGGUCCCUUCUCAGAGUGCACCAAGGGCGGCGUCGCCCUCAAGCCGAAGAAGGCAGCCUCGACGUUUGGCAUCACGGGGGAGCCGGACCCUGACCCGGGCCUGUGUGUGGACCGCUCCCGCGAGUGCGAGGCCUGGGCCGCCAUGGGCCAGUGCCAGGAGAACCCCGCAUUCAUGUGA